CGCCUCCCCGGCGGGGGCGGGCGGAGGCACUGCGGUCCAACGCCGAUUGGUGGAGUCCCCGCGGGAAAUGAGUGAGCGCGAGGAGCGUGCGCGCUCAUGUAGACGGCGCGCCCGGCGGCAGCGGCGGCGGCGAGCGGCAAGCGGCGGCGUCAGCUCCUGGAUGGGGGGGUGAGGUGGCCGGCUUUUGUCGGGCGGAGGCGGCGGCGCCUAGCUGUUCGGCCCGUGCCCUUUCUGCUGCGGGAACUGGACGGAGCAGGACCGAGCGAGAGGCGGGAGCGGAGGUCGCUGCUUUCCGCCGGACAUCGAAGUAAGGACGAGCCGCCGGCCGGACUCUUUUCCCUGACCCCGGGCCCCCGCCCCUUCGCUACACCCCUGGAGGAAGCAGGCGCGGCGACAUCACCUCCCCUCAUCCCACCCACCGCCCCCUAGCCCCGAGAGGCCCGGCUUGAGCUCCGGUCCUCUUCAGCCCCCCGGAUUGUUCUCUCUUUGCCCUGCGCUGCCGCCGCCAUGUCCGCGCACGCCCAGAUGCGUGCUAUGCUGGACCAGCUGAUGGGCACCUCCCGGGAUGGAGACACUACCCGCCAGCGAAUCAAAUUCAGUGAUGACAGAGUGUGCAAGAGUCACCUUCUCAACUGCUGUCCUCAUGAUGUUCUUUGUGGAACUCGGAUGGAUCUUGGAGAGUGUCUGAAGGUCCAUGAUCUGGCUUUAAGGGCAGAUUACGAAAUCGCAUCCAAAGAACAAGACUUUUUCUUUGAGCUUGAUGCAAUGGAUCACCUGCAGUCAUUCAUUGCAGACUGUGACCGGAGAACAGAAGUGGCCAAGAAAAGACUAGCAGAGACUCAGGAAGAGAUUAGUGCUGAGGUGGCAGCUAAAGCAGAACGUGUCCAUGAACUUAAUGAGGAAAUUGGUAAGUUGCUAGCCAAAGUAGAACAACUAGGAGCUGAGGGCAAUGUGGAGGAGUCCCAGAAAGUAAUGGAUGAAGUGGAAAAAGCCCGAGCAAAGAAAAGAGAGGCAGAGGAAGUCUACCGGAAUUCCAUGCCAGCUUCCAGCUUCCAACAACAGAAACUUCGGGUCUGUGAGGUAUGUUCUGCUUAUUUAGGUCUUCAUGACAAUGACAGGCGACUAGCUGAUCAUUUUGGGGGGAAACUGCACCUGGGAUUUAUUGAAAUAAGAGAGAAACUUCAAGAGUUAAAAAGAGUUGUAGCUGAGAAGCAAGAGAAAAGAAAUCAGGAACGCCUGAAGCGCAGAGAAGAGAGAGAGAGAGAAGAAAGGGAGAAGUUGGGAAGGUCCCGAUCUCAUAGCAAGAAUCCUAAAAGAUCCAGAUCCCGAGAGCAUCAUAGACAUCCAUCUCGCUCCACUUCCCAAGAACGAAAGAGAACCAGAUCCAAGUCCCACGAGAAACGGCAUCAUCACAGGUCACGCUCCAGUAGCCGCAGCCACCAGAGAAGUCGGCAUAGCUCCAGAGACCGGAGCAGAGAGCACUCCAAAAGAAGAUCCUCAAAAGAAAGGGCUUCUGGAGAUAAAGAGAGGUCAUUACGAGACCAAGACAGGAAUUCAAGGUCACCCCGUGACAGAGAGAGAAAAGACAAGAAACGUUCCUAUGAGAGUGCUAAUGGUCGUUCAGAAGACCGGAGGAGCUCUGAAGAGCCUGAAGCUGGGGAGAUUUAACAGUCUGGACCUUUCCUCAAUCCUUAUGCUUCCUACAGAGUUAUAUACUGCUCUUUAAUUGACAGCUCUUCAAGGCAACCCAGGAAUUCCAGACACUGAUCCAACUAGAUGAACAGUAUCUAAAUUUUGGCUAUAACCCAAUUUGAACUGAACCUCUUUUCCUGGAUAAAAUCUAAAGGUACAUCCACAAUUCCACAAUUUCUGGUGAACCCUAAUACAAUUCUGAAAGGUUACUCUGUUCAUGAGUGCAGUUUUAUGUAGUAAGAUACAGAUCUCAGUGUUUCAUUUUUCAGUAGAAAUUAGAGUGAAAAAAUUGUGUUACUUGUUUUGAUUUCUUCCCCUGCCCUUAUUUUCUACCCUCCCACCAUCUCAAAUUGCAAAGCUGGGAGGGAAGUGGAGGGGCUAUAUAUAUUGAGUUAGAAACUUCUGUUCCCACUAGUUGAUUACUAGUUGGUUAUAGUUCAGCGCAUUUAGUGCAGGGGUGUGUAUUCUGGAGAAAAUGGAAUUUUUUUUUUCUUUCCCUCUCUUUAAAAAACAAUGCCUAUUUAGAUUUGCAAGUUGAACACCUGUUAUGUUACACCUUUUGCAUUUUUAUUGAAAUUUUGAAAUCAAACCUUGCUUGAUUUUUUUAUGUUACAUUGAAUUGCUAUUUUCAGGUUGUUGUAGGGAAUUUUUCUUAAAUACUUCUUGCCUUUUUUUUUUUCUUGAGGAGUGUAAAGGCUUCAUCUUCUAAUUGUUAAAAAAAAAAGACAAUAAAAACAAUAAAAUGAAAGCAGUUAUCACCACUAAACAACCCGCAUUGAUUUAAAAAAUAAAAAGAAUGUUUGGUUGUUUCAUCUUAUAGGUUCUGAAGUGUUUACUCUAGCCCCAGUGCUGGCUAUUGUAUACUAGUUCAGACUUGAGGACUUAAGGGCCUUGUCAUGGGGUGUCAGCUAUAUAUGACUGACAGAGGGACAUGCUGUGGAGAGAGAUUAUAAAGCUAGGAAGGACAAAACUUGGCUACAGAUUGGCUAUAUGGGGUGAGAAACAGUGAGGAGUUGAUGAUGGCACUAAGAUGGGGAACCUGUGCAAUUGGGAGCAUGGGUUGCCCUGGCUAGUAAAAGGCAAGUUGGCAAGAGGGGACAUUUUGUUUCAUUUUUGAGGACGGGAAAAAGAAAACAAGUUUUCUUUUGGAUAUGGUAAAAUGGAGUCUAGUCUCUUGGGGAUGUGAGAGAAGAGGAUAGGGCUGGGAAAACAGGUCCAAGAAUUAUCUGCAUCAAGGUGGCAAUUGUACCCAUGGGAGUUGACAUCUUUCCUAAGGGCAGCCUCUUGAGGACUACAGCAAGAGAACUACAAGGACCUGUGAGUAUGCUACUUAAUGCUCUCCACACUGGAGCCUACUUAUUCCUGGAAUCUGGAUGUACUGGAGGGAAGGUGUUACAGAU